GAUUAUCGAAAUUAGGGUUUUUUUUUUCUUUCCAUUAGUUGUCUGUGAAGAAAGGUGGAAGAAGAAAAAAAGAGAAAGGAAGAGAGAAAAUGUCAGACCUAGACCAGCAAAUAGAGCAGCUUAAACGCUGCGAGCCUUUGAAGGAAUCAGAAGUGAAAGCUCUUUGUCUUAAAGCUAUGGAGAUUUUAGUUGAAGAGAGCAAUGUUCAAAGAGUCGAUGCUCCUGUCACUAUAUGUGGCGACAUUCAUGGGCAGUUCUAUGACAUGAAAGAGCUUUUCAAAGUCGGCGGUGAUUGCCCUAAGACAAGUUAUUUGUUUCUUGGAGAUUUUGUUGACCGAGGUUUUUAUUCAGUUGAGACAUUUCUACUUCUUCUAGCUCUCAAGGUUAGAUAUCCAGACCGUAUAACUCUCAUUAGAGGGAAUCACGAGAGCCGGCAGAUUACGCAGGUAUAUGGAUUUUAUGACGAGUGCCUGCGUAAAUAUGGCUCUGUAAAUGUCUGGAGAUACUGCACAGAUAUAUUUGACUACUUGAGUCUUUCAGCUCUUGUCGAGAACAAGAUAUUUUGUGUUCAUGGAGGUCUCUCUCCAGCUAUUAUGACUCUAGACCAGAUCAGGGCUAUUGAUCGAAAGCAAGAAGUACCACAUGAUGGUGCCAUGUGUGAUCUUUUAUGGUCUGAUCCAGAAGAUAUUGUUGAUGGCUGGGGAUUGAGUCCCCGUGGUGCCGGAUUCCUUUUCGGCGGCAGUGUUGUUACGUCUUUUAACCACUCAAACAACAUUGAUUACAUAUGUCGAGCUCAUCAGCUAGUUAUGGAAGGUUACAAAUGGAUGUUCAAUAGCCAGAUAGUCACUGUUUGGUCUGCCCCAAAUUACUGUUAUAGAUGCGGUAAUGUAGCUGCAAUUCUAGAGCUCGAUGAGAAUCUAAAUAAGGAGUUUCGUGUCUUUGAUGCAGCCCCACAAGAAUCGAGAGGAGCUCUAGCCAAGAAACCUGCACCUGAUUAUUUCCUGUGAGACGCAAAACAGUGAAAACAGAAACUGGAACUCAGAAAUUGGUUCUUUCUUCUCAUUGCAGAGCAAGAAAACUACCCAAAAUCAUCGAUGUAUAGGUUGUAAAAUGCAGAAGAAUCUAUAAUCCAUGUGUUGCCAAAGAGAUCUCUACACAAAGGGUCCGUUUGAUAGAAUCUUUGUGUCUUAAAAGCUUCUUGUUUAUUUUCUCCCUCUUUUGUGUGUAAUGCUACUUUUACUACAAGAAAAAGAAAAAUUGUGA